AGCGUCGCCUGGAUUACCAGAAAUACCUCUUCGCAAGCUCCCUAAAGAGCCCUGUGCUGUUUAUGUGGUUUCGGCGACGCACCCCAAACGGCCAUGCAAGCCCAUCUUCAAGGCGACGCUUGACACUCCCGUCAAUUGAACAUCGCCUACGAUACCCAAGAACAUCGCCAUGGUCCUCAUCACUAGAUAUACGAGCUUUCCUGCCCCAUCGACGAAUCUCUUCCUCCAUAAAACUUUUCUUCACUCUCACUUUGAAGACCAACCUUACUCCAAACAUUCUCCAAUUCAUUUUCGAGCUUGAAAUCUUCACCGCAUCCACACCGAAGUAGAGUACACGAAAAUGCUGUGUGCCAACCCAACCAUGCCGUCUCAGUCAAAUCAGCAACCCAUCUGGACUCCUCCCGUCAUCGCUACAAUCGUGUACCGAGUAGUAAUGAUCAUCGUGAGCAUAGCCUUCAUCUGGAAGAAGUAUCGUCGAACUGCACGACGAAUUGAUGAAGAACAACUCAUCGGCCUCCUCCUCCCAACCUACAACAACCAUACACCCCACCGCCCCCCUUCCCCAAACACCCACAACCACACCCGCUCACGAAGAACUUCUCCUUCCCCUCAUCCCCUCUAUCAUCCCCGAUCAAAUCCACAAUCCCAGCAUUCUCACCCUCCAACAACCCGCGAAAUAAUUUCAGCACACCUCGACGACAUAAUCCAAUCCGCACUCGGUCUCUCCGACGAUGGCCUCUCUUCUCUCGGUGGUUCGCAAUAUGGGUCUUCGGUAGAUAUAGCAGAAGGCUCAUCACUUGAGGAUAUGGGAGUGGAUGUUGAGGUUGAGGGUGGAGAUGUAGGGCUGAGGCAUCGGUCUGCAGAUAGUGUGACGGAGCAUAGGAAAGUGUUGAGGAGGUGGGACUUAAAGUAAGGACGAGAUAAUAGAGCGCUGCAUAUAGUUGUAUUGGAAACGGAAAACUUUCCCCGGACAGUCAAUCUGGAACAUACCUUAGAAAUAGAAUCACGUGAUGUCUCG